AUGCCAGAAGUUCGAGUUCCUGCACUUCCAGACCUUCUAGAAGCUGCUGACAACAAAUUUAUCGAGCUGUUCGGCUGCAUUCCCUCGAUUCGCGUUGUUGCUCCUGGUCGAGUGAAUCUGAUGGGUGAGCAUACGGAUUACAAUGAGGGCUACGUUUUACCCAUGGCCUUACCGAUGGUGACGGUGAUGGUGUCGAGGCCGAAAGGAGGGGAGGGUGACAAGGGCAUCUGUUGCAUACACACGAUGUCGGAGCAGGAAGGCGAGCUCAGCACGGUGACCUUCAAUCUGACCGGUGUGGAAAAGAAGACGGCGGCCAAGGGGGAACGCUGGUCCGCCUACAUUCGUGGCGUCAUUGCAGUCUUCCAACGUGAGUUUUGGGAGGGGAGUUGGGAUAGGAAGCAGUCGCACGCAUGCGACAAGUACUCCCGAGGACGCAACAAGUCACUUCAGCAGACCACAUCGAGGGUAGCUCUGAGGUUGAAAGACUUCAUCUUCAAAACUGCUUUUUAUGCCUUCACAGAAUCCGGAGCGCCUCGCUUGCCGGCGUUCAAUGCUGUUGUGGUUUCCAGUGUGCCCAUCGGUGAGGGUCUGUCUAGCUCCGCGUCCUUGGAAGUGGCUACCCUCCUCACCUGUCAAAAACUCACCGACUUCGAUAACUUUUCACUAACCGACAGCGCACUCAUUUGUCAACGCGCCGAGCACGAGUGGGCCGGGUCACCGUGCGGCCUGAUGGACCAACUUGCCUGUCUUGGAGGUGUCCGUGGGCACGCCCUCUUUAUCGACUGCAGAUCUAACCACUGCGAGUCCGUGAAGAUGGACUUUGAGGGUAAGGCAAAGGUGGUGAUCGUCGCCAGCGGGGUGCACCAUCGCAUUGCCGCCGGUCAGUAUCGCAUUCGUCGCUCUGAAUGUGAGGAGCUGGCAAAAUACUUCAAGGUGUCCAGUCUCCGUGAUCUGCAAAAGGAACUGCCACGGCUAGAGGAAUUAUGUGCGGAAGCCUGUGAAGCCGUAAGCUUAACCUCCGGUAGACGACUUCACCACAUCCUCACGGAAAAUCAACGUGUUCUUGACGCUGUUGACGCCAUGACAACCGCCGACUGCAUGAAACUCGGUCAGCUGAUGCAACAGAGCCACACCUCCAUGAAGUGCGACUAUGAGGUGUCCUGCGAAGAGGUGGACCAUUUGAUUGACAUUUGCAUGUCAACUGACGGGGUCUACGGUGCCCGCAUGACUGGUGGCGGAUUCGGCGGCUCACUGGUAGUCCUCAUCAAACCCGAUGCUGUGAGCCGUCUCAUCACGGCGAUCGACUCAAUGUACUCGCGCACUGCCAACAUCUACGUCGCGGAUGCAUCGCUGGGAGCACACAUUCUUCCAAAGAACAAGGAGCGGACCAAAUCAACCUCCAAGUGCAAUCCGUAG